AUGAAUGCUGAAUGCGUUGAGGCUAUCAUUAAACCAGUGAUGCUAGAUUUGCCAAAAUCUGAAGAUUUUCGGCCGCUAUCUGACAUUGAAGACGGUGAGCUACUGGUACAGCUUGAUGAUCCAGAUUUUAAUGCAAAUCCAAUGAUAUCGUCAAUGAAUAUGGCGUCCUCUGGUUAUAUGACCUCAUCGGGUUUACUAAAUUCCCCAGAAAAAAAUUCUGACGGACUUCCCGAAUUGGAUUCUGUUGAAGAACAAUUAUGCAAUUUAACAAUGUCUACUACAAAGUAA